UCGUCUCCACCUCUAACUUCCUUUUUCUUUUUCACGUACGUGUAAAGACAUCGCGUAUUUUGCGUCGGUGUUUGAUUUUCAUUAAAAAGUGAAAAAUGGGUUUCGUCAAGGUAGUUAAGAACAAGCAGUACUUCAAGCGCUACCAGGUUAAGUUCCGCAGGCGUCGCGAGGGUAAAACCGACUACUAUGCCAGAAAGCGUUUGACUUUCCAAGACAAGAACAAGUACAACACCCCCAAGUACCGUUUGAUUGUGCGUCUGUCCAACAAGGACAUCACCGCCCAAAUUGCCUACGCACGCAUUGAGGGUGAUCGCGUUGUCUGCUCCGCCUACUCGCACGAGCUGCCCGGCUAUGGCAUUCAGGUCGGUUUGACUAACUACGCUGCUGCCUACUGCACGGGUCUGCUGGUUGCUCGUCGUCUGCUCAAGAAAUUGGGCUUGGACUCUCUGUACGCCGGCUGCACUGAGGUCACUGGUGAGGAAUUCAACGUAGAGCCCGUCGAUGAUGGUCCAGGUGCAUUCCGUUGCUAUUUGGAUGUCGGUCUGGCACGCACCACAACCGGUGCCCGUGUGUUUGGUGUGAUGAAGGGCGCCGUCGAUGGUGGUCUGAACAUCCCCCACUCAGUGAAGCGCUUCCCCGGCUACUCUGCUGAGGCCAAGAGCUUCAAUGCCGAUGUGCACCGCGCCCACAUCUUCGGACAGCAUGUGGCCGAUUAUAUGCGCUCCCUCGAGGAGGAGGAUGAGGAGGCAUUCAAGCGCCAGUUCAGCCGUUACAUUAAGCUGGGCAUCCGUGCUGACAACAUUGAGGAGCUUUACAAGAAGGCCCACCAGUCCAUUCGUAACGAUCCUUCGCCAAAGAAGGCUGCUCCCAAGAAGGCCGCGCCUGCCAAGAAGAGGUGGAACGCCAAGAAACUCACGAAUGAGGAACGCAAGACCAAGGUGGCCGCCCACAAGGCUGCCUAUGUGGCUAAGUUGCAGUCUGAGACUGAGGCUUAAAUGCUUUUUGACAACCGUUUGCAGUGUAUUGGGGUGAAAGAAAAGAAAUAAACACAAACAAUUGUAAUAAAAAACAAUUGCCAAUA